CCCCCCGCUCCCGCCCGGCUGACGUGGAGGUCGGGUUGCUGCGGCGGCGGCGGUAAUGGCUGAGGGAAUUACCAGCGUCCGAGGCUCGCUGACAGCGGGCCCCGGAUCGGACACCAUGGAUGAUUUAACCCUGGAAGAGCUCGCUAUAGCGGAUUGCGCCUUCUUAGAAGAUGACUGUUACGUGGAGGACUGGGAUUCUGCUCCGGAACCUAUAACCCAUAAUUGUGUUCGUCUGACUCAAGUUUACAGUGAUGGGGUGGGUAUGCACUGUGAUGAUUAUAUCCAACGUGAGAAAAACUUGGAAUUUGACAUUUGCCGUAUAUGGUGUAGUAAACCAGUUUCUGUCCUGAAAGAGUACUGUGAUGCCAUUAAAGUGUUUAUCUUCUGGCCACUUCUGUUUCAACGUCAGCAUGGUUCUCUAUUAACACGAUUGCAUCCUUGUGUGGAGGCCAAUAAUUCUCGUGCUUGUGAGUUAAGUUUGGCGAAAUUACAACAUAUUGAGUUGAUGGAAGAUAUCAUGGAUUUGGCAAAGAAAGUUGUGAAUGAUUCCUUCUUUAUUGGAAGCUUGCUGAGAAUUGGUUACAAAAUAGAAAAUAAAAUCUUGGCAAUUGAAGAGGCUGUGAAUUGGUUAAAAUUCGUAGGCGAUAUAACACUUCUGCCCAAAUUAGGAUCACUUGAAAAUUGUUGGCCGAUGUUAAGUAUUUUCUUUACUGAAUACAAGUAUCACAUAACUAAAUUUGUAACGGAAGAGUACAAUUUGCUUGAGGAAUUUCAAACCGCAGAUUGUCCAGACUGUACAGAGCAAGGAGAAAUAAUGAAAAUAAAAGGAAAUGAAGAAUUUUGCAAAGAAAGAUUUGAUCUUGCUAUUAUCUAUUACACCAGAGCCAUCGAAUAUAGACCUGAGAAUCAUCUUCUUUAUGGAAACCGAGCUCUUUGUUUUCUCCGUACUGGGCAGUUCAGAAGUGCACUUGGUGAUGGAAAGAGAGCCACUAUUCUGAAAAGUACGUGGCCAAAGGGUCACUAUCGUUAUUGUGAUGCUCUUUCUUUGCUGGGGGAACAUGAAUGGGCCCUGAAAGCAAACAUAAAAGCUCAAGAACUCUGUAAAAAUGACGGUGAAGGAUUAAAGGAGCUAAUUGAGCAGCAUAUAAAGUUCCAAAAACAAAUAGACGACCUACAAGGUCGAACACGAGGUAGGAGUCAUUUUAAGAGAGCCUAUUACGGUAACAGGGACUACAUACCUUUAUCAGCACCUUCAUUUUGUGCUUCACUUAACUUUGUGGAUCUUGAAAAAGACUCCACAUACACUGUCUACGAAAUGGCAAGUGGUGGUAGAAGGAACAGAAAGCUUUACUAUCGUGGGCAUAAGGGGGCAGGUGAGGCUUUGAAGGGAAAUGAUCUUGAUGACAGUGAGGAGGCGUUUUAUGAAUAUCACCUACCUUCGAAUAAGCCUCCAAGACACAGAGGAAGACAUAGAUCCAGAAACAACGAGGCAAAGGCGAGGUAUGUUUUUUUCCUAAGUUCACAAGUGACCGUAGAUUUGAAACGUAUCUUGGAGAAACAAUUUUCAUCUAAAUCUUCUAGAGCCUCACAUCAGGAUUUUGUUACUUUAAUGAAAAUGAUGAGAGGCCUAAUUCAAGAUGGUUACACAGCUUUGUCGGACCAGCGGUGUCACUGUGCUGUUCAGGCCUUUACACACUUGCUAAAUGGUUUAGAUCCUCAAAAGAUAAAGCAAUUGAACCUGGCCAUGAUCAACUAUGUCCUAGUGGUCUACGGGCUUGGCCUCUCUCUACUUGGAAUAGGAAAGCCUGAGGAAUUAUCUGAAGCGGAAAACCAGUUCAGGCACAUUCUUUCAUCGUACCCUAAUGAAGGACUUGAUUGUCUGGCCUACUGUGGAAUCGGAACCGUGUAUUUGAAAAAAAACAGAUUUUCAGAAGCUCUUAACCACUUUCAGACAGCAAGAGAGGUCAUUGGUAACCUUCCUGGAGUGUUAACUUGGCCCACAACUGAUGUGAUUAUUGAAGAGACUGAGCCAUCAAAAAUAAGGGAACUGUUAGAAAAAUUUAUUGAAGAGUGCGAGUUCCCUCCAGUGCCAGAGGGCAUUUGUUCCUAUCAUGAUCAUUGUGGGGCACUCAAAAUCCAGAUAUACAUAUCUGAUCCAGACUUUAAGGGCUUUAUACGAAUCCUCUGUAGCCAUAUCUGUAAAAUUGACUUUCACAUUAACUGUUGGAAGAAGUUAAAAGCAACCAGCUACAAUGAUAAACCUGACAAGGACUUUCUAAACGCAAGUUGUCUCACCCCUGACUGCCAAGGUAUCAUUUGUAAAAUUACCGUCUUCAACAGUUACGGUGGUGUAAAGUGUGAAUUCGAACACAAGAUCAUAAAAGAAAGGGGUCCUUCAAGACCUAUUCAGAAACAGAAGUGUUCUAGCCUAGAGAAGCUAAAAGAAAAAGAAGAGAGAAAAAUGAAGAGGAAGAACCAAAAAGAAGAAGCAAAAAAAUUAGCAAAAGAAAGACGGGAAGAGGACUUAAAAGAAAGUAAACCACCGAAAAAAGAAGAAAAGAAAGGAACUGUAGAAUAUGCUCAGCCUUCCCAGUUCCUUGAUGACAGAAUUCUGCAGUGCAUAAAGCAGUACUCUGAGAAGAUCAAAUCCGGUAUACCCAAUACUUCCACGCUUAUGAAAGAAUUGCUUUCUUGGAAGGUUUUAAGCGUAGAAGACUACACAACGUGUUUUUCUAGCAGAAAUUUUCUGAGCGAAGCCGUGGACUUUGUCAUUCAGCACUUGAUUAAAGAAAAUAGUAGAGUGAAGACAAGAAUAUUUCUUCAUGUUUUGAGCGAGCAUAAGGAAAUGGAGCCCCAAGUAGCCUCCUGGAUCGAGAAACUCAAUGGCUUUGGUUUGAGUGCCGUGGGACCUUUUCUUACUCGCUAUGAGGCGUCUCUUAAGGACCUUGAUUUUAACAUUUUGAGUUCUCUCUGGAAUGAGAAAUAUCGUCACAAACUAGGCUCUAUAGAAGGAAAGAACUUUGAAUAUUUCCUUGAGCCGACAUCAUUGAAGGAAGCACGUUUCUUAAUAUGGCUGCUGGAAGACCACAGAGAGAAGUUUCCAACAUUACAUAGUGCUUUAGAUGAAUUCUUUGGUAUAUUGGACAGCAGCUGCACUGUGCUGAGGAAACAUGACAAUGAUGACUCGAUGUACGUUUCUCCGAAGGCGAAAAACAAAGGCAAGAAAAAGAAGCCAAAAGAUCUAAAGCCUAUGUUAGUUGGGUCUGGAACACCUUCAAUAAGACCAAGUGUUAAAAGUCAGACCGUCACUUCAAGCGAUAAGAAUAAAGGCAGUUCAGAGUCCUCAGGCCCAUUUGCAGUGCCUGAGCAUCUUCGGAAAGACAUAGAAGAAUUUGAAGCUUACUACAAAAGACGGCAACAGCAAAAGAGAGAAUAUGCUGACCGGGAUAAGAAUAUGGGCGAAACAGGCCCAAAGCAAAGACUUUCAACUCUAUAUGAUUACUUCUCUCAGUAUUUGGAGGACAACGGCCCCUUGGACGUGAGACACAGAGUAUUCUCCGAUGAGUAUCGGUUUUACCCAGAAGAAACUCGACAGAUAGUACAGAAGGCAGGAGGUCUGAAACAGUUUCUCCUGCGAUGUCCUCGUUUCGUUGUGAUUGACAACUGCAUCGCACUGAGGACAGGCUCAUCACGGAGCAAGGGGAAGAGAAAGAAGAAGGGCAUUAAGGAAGAAGUAGACGAAAUUUCAAGCAUAGAUGAUAAGACCUAUUUACCAUUUUUUCUGCCUCUAAACCCAGACGCUAAGGAAUUUAUACCAGAGUCAGGUGUAUCUUCAGCUCCAGUUUCUGAGAAUAUGGUGCCUGAACCAGCGUCUGCCGAUUCUCCCAACUCAGCUUACGAAGAUAUGGAGCCCGAACUGGCCUCUGGCGGUGUUUCCAUACCUGUUGCUGAGGAUGGGGAGCCCAAAUGGAUCUUUUCUGAUUCUCCCCAGCUAGUCUCUGAGAGUGCAGAUCAUGCUCUAGUCCCCUGUCAUUCAGCCACACCAGUGUCUGAGGAUGUGAACCCAACCUACUGGGGUCAACCCCAGAUGGUCACAGGCUACUGCACAUACCUUCCUUUCCAGGGCUUUGACAUCACAAAGACACCACCAGCAUUCGUAAAUGUGCUGUCAGGUUUGCCACGGUACGCUGGUAUAUAUACACCUUUGGGCACAAUUUCUGAGUAUCAGCUGCAAAACGCAAUUCCAGUGGUAACAUCUUUCAUUGCCCACGAUAGGCCAGACCCCAGUGCAGCUGCUUAUUUUGAGGGUUAUUGUGUGAAUGCUGAGAGUGCUUCUGGUAGUCAGAUCGCCUCCGAAACACAAGUCCUUCAGGGCUCUCUGGGAACAUCACUGCAGUCACACAGCAGCCUGGGUGAUGCUGAUACAGCCCUCAAGGAGUCCGGCAGAAAUGAUGGUCACUAUGGAAAGUCUGCCAGCAAGGGGGAAGGAGGCAGAAUCAGGACGAGGGCAGCGACAGCUCACCCAUCUACACAGAUGGCUGCUGUGCAGGUGUCCUGUAGUGUAACAGACCAGGAGGUCAAUACAGAGCCAUAUGGACGUUUUGAGGCAAGGCCGGGGGAUAUUUCAAGGUUCGAAAAAGAAUACAGAAAACUACAAGUGCAGCUUGAGGAUGCAUAUGAAAAGUAUGAAAAGACAAGAUUCGAUGGCUUAGCAGAGAUCAGGGACCUGGAAGCAAUGGUGAAAAGGAGCUCAGAACAAUGCCAGGCCUCAAAGACGGAAUUAGAGUCAUUCAUCCAGGAUUUGGAAAAAGAAACUAAAAAAUGGCAACAGGAGAGAAAAGAAACUCAAGAAAAACUAAAAGCACUGAAGAAGAAAGUCAAAAGGCUUUCCAAUGCCAGUGAAACGUGUACCCAGAAAAAUGAUGAAAAGGAUGAGGAACAUGGAUUACACCUGGAUGAGUCCCUUGAAAUCAGAAAUCCCCUUGCAAAUGAGAAAGUGAAACUGGAAGAGCGUAUAAAGAAAAGCAAAGAGAACUAUGAAGAGGUCCAUGAAAGAGCUGUGGCUGCAGAGAUAUCUGUGCUUACAUGCUGGAAGGACAUCCACGUGUGGAAAUUAGAGAUCACGAAGGCACAAGGAGAAGCCUAUGUUGACUGCCUGAAGAUCAGACGCGGUGAGCAUGAACCAUCUCUAGUGGAUGCUGUCUUGUAUGAGUGGGAAUCAUAUUUUGCUUCAGUUGAAGAAGAACUUGAAACUGUGGAUGAUCAGUUGGAAGAAAAAGUUAAUGAAGUGAAAAGUGGUUCCUGGUUCGGUGAAAUCACUAAAGUGCUUGCCCAUCCGAUCUUUGAAAAGUACCGACCUGAGUCUUCAGCCCCCAGUGGACAGCAGACAGAAGAUCACAAGGAUGCCAGUGCUUGCCCAGAGAACGCUCCUACAGAGGAGUCUGAAGUUGCCCGGCUGCUAGCGUGUGCCAAGAAGGCUGUCCAGGAAGCUCAGUCAAAGCAAAGCCCUGUGGCUGAUCAGAAACCACCUUGUCCUCCAGGACGUGCCUCUCGUUCAAACCAGUCUCCAAAGAAGCCAUUCAAUAGUAUCAUCGAGCACCUGGCAGCGGUAUUCCCGUGCUACAGCAGCUCCGAGCUUGCUGGGUUUGUUAAAAAAGUGCGAACCAAGAGCUCACUUUUAGGACUGAGUAUCGAUGAAACUGUCAGGAGAGUGAUAGAACACAUCCUUGCUGAACAGAAGAAGAAGCCAAAUCCAGCAUCAGAUCAGAGGACCUCUGAGCCCAGCUGUGCUGCUGCUGCCGCCAGGCCCUCCGGGAGCCAGCCCUCAGCAUCUGCCAGAGCAGCACCCAGAACCCAGGGCCAGAAACGAGAAGAUGGGAGUGCCACCAGCAUGACUGCAUCAAGUACAAAUUCCUGUGAAAUAUGCCAUCAGGCUUUGAAGUCAAAAAGCACAUGUGUGCUGAAGUGUGGGCAUAAAUUUCACUCAUGGUGCUUGAAGCAGUGGCUUAGAGGGCAGAGCACCUGCCCGGCCUGCUGUGGUCAUGAUCAGUGAAAAGAGCAGCCUGCGCUUUGUGGAAGAGGCACAUCCAGCUAAAACCAACAGCUGCCCUCCUGCUAGUCACAGCUCACUACCAAGUGAUCACCUGCCUGUGGAAUUGGCAGGAUAAUCAUACAAACAUAUGCGGACUUUCUUGUGUUGUGUGUCUCAGACCUGAUACUCUUUUCAACAGUUAACAUUGUUUCCCCCACUCUGAUUCAGCAUUUGGUACAAUUGCAUUCCUUAUAUGGUUGGUGCUGCUGCAGAGGGCUCUUUGGAGAUGGGAGGCUCCUUUUAGAAAGUGUUGUCAGUGCCCCGAAGCAGUACGUGAAUGCUAAGGGUUCUUCACCUGUUACAGUGCCCCAGGUCCUCUUUUGUGUUUGAAAAACCUACUCUAGUGGUUCCACAAGAGAAAUGAUACGGACUUUCUAAAAUUUUUUCUAAGAUUCGGUAUACUGGAAACUAUGCCUACAUUUUCCCAAAGAUUCUACAUUUAAGAAAAGAGCUUAAUGCUUUUUAAUAACCGAUAGUUAACGUUCAAAUAUUGACUGAUUGAGACCAAAAGAUUUGAAUCUCCUUUUCUUAAAACUUAACGUGCUUUUGAUUUUUCAUUUCACUAUUUUAUUUAUUCCGGUAGAUUUGUGGAGCUGGUAGUGGUAGAGUGGUUAAAGCAUUCUACUGCUAACCAAAAGGUCGGUGUUCAAAUCCACCAGCUGCUCCUUGGAAACCCUAUGGGGCAGUUCUACCCUGUCCUGUAGGGUCACUAUGAGUCAGAAUCGACUCGACGGCAACAGGGAUUUGCAGAGUGUUUAUUUCGCAUCUUUUAAAAAUAUAAUCUGGUCUUUUGUUAAUUGAGUAAAAAAAUACUUAUUAGUAUCAGCAAAAACCUUUUUUCCUCUAAAAUUAUGGCUGUUCAUUAUCCCAGCCCCACAUUUGGGACUUGUGCACUGAACACGUUGAUGUCACGAGCAGCACUUACCCUUUUUCGUGAGUUAGUUGAUCAGCAGGUGUUUGGGCGUCUGGCCCAGCACCGCACACACAGCAAGCACCGUGGGGAGAUGAAAGCAGCAUCCUUCCCCUUCCUCUCCCACCACCAACAAAAGAAACUUGUGUAAUUAGACAAUCCCGAGUGUCCUUGUACAAUCGUGCGGUGUUCGACAUUUGUGUCAAGUGAUGCAUGCAUUCGUACCGUGUCCCGAGAACAAUGUAGCUGCGUUAGAAACUGUUAAAAAAUUAGAUGUUAUUUCGUGACGUAUUGUGGUGCGUAUAGAAACGUGAAUUCUUUACACAUUCCAUUUCUCUCAAAUAAGAAGGAUUAAAAAAUGUCCUUCAGUGUGUUCUUUGUUCCAGUGGAAAUCAGCAGACACACAUUUGUGAGCCGAUCUACUCACUGUGCUCUGCCUGUGUUCAACGUGAAUUUUAAUGUGUUUGUGACUUAUCCGUGGACGCUCUCUUCUUAUUUUGAAACAGGUUCUCCGUGUAGAUCCUUAAAGCACUGUGGGCAUUCGUAUCAUUGAUAACUAUUUUAGAAUAGAUUUUAGAAUACUUGGGGACCAGUUUGUAGAAGCGGGUACAAUGGAAAAGAAGAGCAGCGGUAGAGUCAAACAGUGUAUUUUGUAUAAAACUUGAAGUCAUUUCUUGUGAACAUGCCUUACACGUGUGUAGUAACAUUCCAAAUAAAGAGCAUUCAAAAAUAAUAGCAGCUUAUGGUUGUCUUUUUAUCCAUUCUUUCUCAGAUAAUUUAUGAAAUGCAUUCUACUUGAAAAUCCAGGCACAUAUUCAGGCUACCGUCGUAAAAAGUGACGUCAUGUGGAAAGCAGAACCAUGUUAUGUCUGAGGAACCUGACUGGGGACUCAGGCCUUUUAGAACCUGGAUUAAAACAUUGUUUUCUCCCCCAAAAGGUUGCUAAAUUCAAGUUCACCGUUCUCUAAGUUUCACUAUUUGAAUUUGUGAGUGGAAAGUUUAUACAGGAUGAGAGAGUAUUUACUGUGUUAGGCUAAAUUUUCAUGUUGAUCCGUGUGAGGUAUUGAGUAUGA